UGUUACCAUAACAACAAGUUUUGUUUGUUUCAUAAAGUUGUAAUUUAUGUUAUAAACGAAAUCGUACCAGUUUUCUUCGAAAUUAUAUUAACAAUGGAAAACGGAGACACACCUCAAAUUAUAACUCAUAUAGAGCAUAAUCUUAAUCAUUGUUUAUUUGAUUGUAAAUGGAUUCCAUGUUCUGCGAAGUUCGUUGUAAUCGGCUCAUUGCCAAAAGGAAGUGGUACAUUAGAAAUUUUCGAAAUAAGCUCCGGUGAGGUAAGAAAAAUAAAGGAAAUCGAAAGGCCUAAUUCUUUCAAGUGUGGUACGUUUGGCGCCAGCAGUGACAUUGAGAGAAGACUCGCGACUGGCGAUUUUAAAGGCACUUUAGAAAUAUGGGAUUUAGAAAAAAGUGGUCAAGUAUACAUAACAAAGGAACACACAGAUAUUAUCAAUUCCAUUGAUGGUAUGGGAGGAAAUACUCUAAACUGCGGAGCUCCAGAGAUAGUUACAGGAAGCAGAGACGGCACUGUAAAAGUUUGGGACCCAAGACAGAGAGGUAAACCUGUAGCGAAUAUGCAACCAGUCCAAGGUGAGACAAGACGCGAUUGUUGGACUGUUGCAUUCGGUAAUUCUUUUAAUGACUCUGAGAGAAUAGUCAUUGCUGGCUAUGAUAACGGGGAUCUCAAGAUGUUUGACCUUAGGACUAUGUCUCUGAGAUGGGAAUGUAAUUUGAAAAAUGGGGUAUGUUACACUGAAUUUGAUCGCAAAGACAUACCAAUGAAUAAACUUGUGGCAACAACAUUAGAGGGCAAGUUCCACGUAUUUGAUUUGAGAACUCAGAACCCUUCGAAAGGAUUCGCUCAGGUGUUAGAUAAUUCAUCAAAAAGUGGUACAAUUUGGGUGGCCCGUCAUGUACCCCAGAACCGUGAUUUGUUUCUAACGUGUGCGGGAAAUGGACAAGUUUCUCUAUGGAAAUAUGAAUACCCGGAACAGCGAUACCACGUCGACUCGCAAGGCGUUGCAAUGGGUGUCCCGGGCAAGCUGACAAGGUUACAGCGGAUGGUGAUCAGCUCGCAGCCGAUCAACUCGCUGGAGUGGAACAGGGACCACCUGGGCCUGGCGGUGGCCACUGCUUAUGACCAAUAUGUUAGAGUUCUUGUUACAACCAAACUCAAUUUACAGUGACUUUAAUUUGACAUUUCAUAGAUUUCGAAUUAAGUUGAAAGUGAUAUUUAUUUAUGGCAAUACUAGAUUAAACUAGCCAAUCAUAAUAAUUUAAAAGAACAUGGUGGUUUAAAUAGUAUUAUUUUCUUAUUGUUAGCGGUGUAUAUUUUUAAGCAUGGAUUUACAAAAUCGCACUCAGUUUUGCUGAAUUACGUUGUUAACUAAAGUGAUUGAUAAUUUAUACCUUUUUCCAUGAGAUCACUCUUUGCUUAUGAUUUACAUUUGAGUGCAGGAAUUAUUUUUUGUUUAUGAUUGUUAUUGUGUUAGUUGGAAAAACUAUUUUUUUAGUUGAAAAAUAAAAGACCAAGUCAAUUUUCUAA